UCAGUUAUUAUUUGAAUUUGAUGGGCAACGGUAACGGAUACGGAAGCCCUCCACUGCACAGAAGGAAUCAGUGAAGCGACCACUACCACGUCGUUUACGUAUGUGAAUCGGUUAAUUUGAAAGUGAAACAGUGACGUGAUAUGUCCAUUGCUAACGGUGUUCGUUUUCAAUCACGAAGAAAAAAAUAUCCGAAACAAAUUUAACACUAAAAUGAUCAAUUUAUGGCUUCUGGCAAUUGCGGUCACACUGAGUUGCAUAUUGAAAUCACAGCUAAUAGAAACAUCCAAAUCCUGCCCAUUAGAAUGCAUCUGUCUAUCGCAGACUCAAGUACUCUGUAACACUGGCGGUCUGAAUCAUAUACCGUUACGUCAUCUGCCAACCAAUGUGGAACACUUGUCCCUGACUAAAAACCAUUUUGCAGUCAUCAAACCCGAUUCGUUUGCCGGCCUUCGUUCACUGAAGAAAUUAUCUUUGGACGGCAAUAACAUAACCAAAAUUAAGCAGUUUGCUUUCCGCGGUCUGCCCCGUCUCAAGGAGCUAUCUAUCCAGUACACGCCGCUGCAGGUGGUGACGAGCUUUGCCUUCGCUGGCCUACAGAACCUGUCCACCAUUUUGCUAAGUCACAAUCAGAUUGCCAGCAUAGAGGCUUACGCAUUUGCCGGUACAUCCAACGUCAAGCUAAUUCUGCUGACCAAUAAUCCAUUGUUACGCAUUGAGAGUUUUGCCUUUUCCAGUUUGACACAAGUGGGUCAUCUACUGCUGCCCGCUGGCAUACGGACACUUGAGCCAAAUGCCUUCUUCGGUAUGUACACAGUCGGGCUGCUCAAAUUGGCUUACAUGGACCUCGAACAUAUUCAGCCAUUCACAUUUCGUGGUCUCUCGAAUGUGCUUCUUCUCACAAUACAAGAGUCGGAUUUGGGUACAAUCAGUGGUGAGGCAUUCGCCGGACUAACUCAGGUGGACACACUUCAGUUGUUGAACAACAAGAUUGACAUUAUCGAGGCACUGGAUUUCAAUGACACAGCAGCCAUAAAAAAUCUCAAAUUACAUGGCAAUCAUUUCCUGCAGACGCCGGAAGCGGAUAACAUUUGUCUGGAUGGUGUGGACAACCUGGAGUUGGACGGCAACUACUUUCCCUGUGGCUGUCAGCUGCAUAAUCUGUUGGAGAGUCCCUUCGCCACUAGGACGCCCAACUCCACCCGUAGUCUCAUGCAGAACAAUUACUGCAUUUCACCCAUCGAAAUGAACGGGCGUCGCAUGGGGGACGUGCAGGUGGCGGAAAUAGCCCCCUGUCAGGAGCACCUAAUGCAGGCUAAUUUGGGCUCGAGGGCAAGCAACCUCAAGCCCCCCGUUCUGUGCCUGGGUGCAGUAAUGCUAUGGCUCAAAUUAGUUUUGGUCAGCAAAUUAUAGCAGGCAGCCCCCAGCAGCAGCUGCUAACUUCUCUCCAGUUUCAUUUUGAGUCAAUGCUUUGUUACUGUGAACGCACGUACAUAUGAUGUUGUUAAUUUCUGAUUUGCAGUUCUCUGUUGGCCAAUUUUCUACAACUAUAUAGAAUUUAUACAAGUAUAAAAAAUAAGAAUAAGCUAUAGGAAAUAAAACUAAGUCAAUUUUGCUAAAUAUAUAACC